UAAUGAUGGCAUUGCAAAAUUGCGAUCUCACACUUCUUCUCAAUCACUUUGACAGCGCGAUUAGCACGAAGAAAAAAAGGCAUUGAAAGCAAGAAAAGAAGCAAACAUUAUUCUCGUGAGUGCAUGCCUGAGUAACUGAGUGAGUGAGUGAGUGAGUGAGUGUAACAUCGUUUUCUCGUUUGUGUUUUUUCCUUUAAAAUGGAAAACCACAUCUACGCCGCCUCUUACAGCCCUUCCACCAACUACAGAUCCUUCCGUGACCCCCCCGCCGACACCAUGUUCCUCUCCCACCAUCUCCACCACCAUCGCACCGACGCCUCCUCCGCCGCCGCCCUCCGCUUCCCCUCCUCGGCCCUCUCUGCCGUCGAAGCCGCCGAUAUUGCCCCGCCUGGCGUCACCUCCCGAAUCGCCUCCUCCUCCGCCGCCGCCGCCGCCGCCGCGAAUUUCCUCUCCACCUGGCCCCCUGCCGCCGCCGCCGCGCCCUCCGCCCUCGACCUCAAACGCUCUUCCGAGGCUCUCUACCAUCCAACCAUUUUGGGUACAAUUGGGCAAAGUGAAGCUUGGUAUUCUACAAACCCACUGGCCAAGCGCCCUAGAUAUGAAAGUGCUUCCAAUAUGACUAUAUAUCCACAGAGGCCAGGCGAGAAGGAUUGUGCCCACUAUAUGCUCACAAGAACCUGUAAGUUUGGAGAUAGCUGCAAAUUUGACCAUCCUGUUUGGGUUCCAGAGGGUGGAAUCCCGGAUUGGAAAGAGGUUCCAAAUGUUGUUACAAGUGAAACUCCUCCUGAGAGACCAGGGGAACCGGAUUGUCCAUACUUUCUGAAAACUCAAAGAUGCAAGUUUGGUUCAAAGUGCAAAUUUAAUCAUCCCAAGGUUUCCUCUGAAAAUGCUGAUGUUUCUUCUGGCUUACCUGAGAGGCCAUCUGAGCCCCCUUGCGCGUUCUACAUGAAAACUGGAAAAUGUAGAUAUGGCACUGCUUGUAAAUUCCAUCACCCCAAGGAUAUCCAGAUUCAGUUGUCUGACGACUUGAGUCAAAAUGUUGCACAGACACAAACAAAUUCUAUGAUGGGUGGAGCUACAGGAGAUACACAGCCAAUUAAAUCUCUUAUAUCUCCGUCGUUGCAAAAUAGCAAAGGGCUUCCAGUAAGACUGGGGGAAGUUGAUUGUCCAUUCUACAUGAAAACUGGGAGUUGCAAGUAUGGUGUCAGUUGCCGCUACAAUCAUCCUGACAGGAAUGCAAUUAAUCCACCCAUUGCUGGAUUAGGUGCCUCUAUUUUGCCAUCCUCGGCUGCUAAUCUGAAUAUUGGACUUCUUAAUCCAGCUGUUUCUGCUUAUCAAGCUUUUGAACCAAGGCUGUCAAAUCCAAUGGUGGGAAUUGCAGAAACUAUCUAUCCUCAGCGACCUGGACAGAUUGAAUGCGAUUUUUAUAUGAAAACUGGCGUGUGUAAAUUUGGGGAAAGAUGCAAGUACCAUCACCCAAUUGACCGCUCAGCACUGUCACUGUCAAAGCAGGCUACUGUUAAACUCACUCCUGCAGGAUUACCAAGAAGAGAGGGUGAUGUUAUCUGUCCUUAUUAUUUAAAAACUGGAACAUGCAAGUUUGGUGCAACCUGCAAGUUUGACCACCCACCACCUGGAGAAGUUAUGGAGAUGGCAAAAUCACAAGGAACAUCAGCCAAUGGAGAGGAAGCUGAAGGCGAUACUUCUGCUCUGGAACAACUUUGAGAUCUUUCAUGAAAACUUGACUCUGUAUUUGAUGAGCCCAUUUAUUUCUUCCUUAUAUGUUUUUUCUGAUCAUGAUAUCAACAGCUGUGGCUGAAGACCUGCUUUGUUUAAUUUAGUGACUAAUUUGUCUCUUGAUUGGUAUGAGUGCUGUUUUUUAAUGGAGUGUUGCUAGGUGCACCCAGCAAAAUUUAUAAAUGGCAAAAAUGCCCCUGGCUUUUUUUUUGCCUUAUAAAAGUUUUUUUUUCCGGAAA